UUUUUUUUAUCAACAAAUAAAUAAGAAAAAGGAAAAUAUGAAUAAAGAAAACAAAAAAAAGACAACAGAAUCAGGCAAAGAUCAAUAUCAAGGUGUGUAUUACAUGUCACUGUGUACAGUGUGUGUGCUUGAGACGGAGUGGGGGUGUCAUCAAAUUAGGGCAAGAUUAAAAAAAAAAAAAAAAAUAGAUAAGUAAAAGAAUGAUGGCUAAAAAGAUGUUUGUUUUUAUCGUUUAGCUCCGCCCCUUCACCUCAUGACGUAAUGACGCAUCUGACGCGCCUGCGUUAGUCAGAGACACGCCCCUUCUUCUUGCAAGCCAUGUGGUUGUCGUUGAUAAAUAAACUCCUCUGCUAAAUUUUUUAAUUCCCUCUAUACUACAUAUAUACUAUAAAAGCGCUGACGUUUCUGCACGGCAGUGGAGGAGCAGCCAAGAGAUGUCGUUGGGCGUCGUGAACCUGCAGGCUCAGGUGGAGUCUGUGCUCGGAGCUCUGGUGAAAGCUGCCACGGUGGAGUUAACCAAACUGUUCGAGAGCAGAUACCGAGCCUCGGUGCUGGACGUGGGCGUGGGCCGCACGGAGGACAAACGGCGAAACGAGACACUUGAUAGUUUGUCCAGCAGAGACUCGACGCGCAGCAUCGGAGUGCAAGUGGACGACAUUUAUCCGCCGUUUGAGCUCUCUGGCCCCUCCAUCCUCUCAGAUGGUGAUUGUUUGAGGGAGUGCAGCGUGGAGGUGGUGGAGGGGUGUCUCAUUCCAUCAGAGAUCCUCCUGACUGAAGAUAAUGGCCAGGUUGACCCCGAGUGGUCGCCUCUGAAGGAACGGGUUGUGGCAGAGACUGUAGAAAUGGUGGAGCUGAGCGGGUUCGAAGCAGAGUCUCCAACUGAUAGUGAUCCUCAAACAGAAGUCGUUUUGCAUGUCUCUGCAGAGACAUGGACGGAGACAUUAAGACACAGGUCUACGCAAAGCUCUCCAGCUAAACAGAAGCCUCUCGUGAUCCAACCAGAUACACGUGAUGUCAUUUCUGGUGAGAAGGUAAAGUUUGUGUGCCCGUUGAUCCUCAAGCUGGAGUCUCCAGCCCUGAAACCCGACGGCUCAGAGAAGCCUGUUCAAACCGAGCCUCAGCAAGUCUGCGUCAGCACCGCCAAGGGCACUGCCUACAGUCCGUCCUCAUCUGAUGGAGCUGUGACUCCUGCUCAGGUCGGCGUUUGGGAACGGAUCCACACGCCAAAGGAUACGAAGAACAACCUCCACAUGAAACUGAAACUGACUUCUCCGGACAAAAAGCAGACGCGUCCCUGCGCGGUACAACUGGUGGACGUGCUUAAGGUGCCCAAGUGGGAGAAGAAGCUUCAGGACGCCAUCGCCAAAUGUCAUGAUGCUAACCACAAAACUGGCUGGCCUCUGCCCAAAGACCUCCGCCGCCACCAAGGUCUUCACACAGGCCAUCGCCUCUGCUGCUUCACCCCCUGUGAAAACGGCGUGUGGCGGCUUCAGAAGGUGGUCUCCCACUCCCGCGACGGAUACCCCUGCAGCAUCUGCAGGAAGACGUUCAAGCGGAGGAAGAUUCUCCGGCGGCACGAGCGCUUUCACACCGGAGAGAAACCGUACUCGUGCUCGACGUGCUCCAAGACGUUCGCACUGAGGAAGAGCCUCCGUCGCCACGUGAGGUUCCACACAGGGCUGAGGCCGCACAACUGCACGCAUUGCGGCAAAAGUUUCCGUCUGCGGGAAAAUCUGAAAUCACACCUGAGGUUUCACAGCGGGGAGAAGCCGUUCAACUGCGCCACUUGCGGCAAGACGUUCAGGAUCGUAAAGAAUCUGGAGAGACAUAAACUGAGCCAGUGUGGAUUCUUUGUUCCUUCAUUCAGGACAAUUGCUGGAUUGUAGCAGUGGAACAACAGCUGGUUGUGGGGGUUGCACCGCUUUCUACCUCAGACUGAAAACACUGUACCGCUUUUGUAGUCAUGUCAUGUAACGUUUAUAUACGUAAAGUUAGAGCUAUGAGAGAAACAGAAACCAUGAUCCAGAAAGUUUAUAUUUUAAUGAUCAGUAAGAAGGGGGACAGAGUCAUGGGGGCUUUUUUAGAAACUUAUACGAUGGUUUUGUCUUAUUUUUCUUUGUUUCUUAUUCCUCACCAUGUUUUUGCCUCUUGUGAUUAUGGACCAAUAGUGGGACUGGAACAGUGUGCAAGAGUUGUACAAAUACUUGACACUUUUUUUACAUUAGACCUUCUGAGAAACACAUGAUCAGUCUGCAAAGAGAAUCCCCUCCACCGAGCAACGUUAACCAGGUUUAUGGUUUAUUACCCGGCUUUGUUGAUUUUGAUUGGCCAAUUACGGCAUUCCAUGGUCUGUUAUUUCUUUAUAGCAGACCGCUGCUAUGGACGCAGUUCUGAUCUCGGACUCUGGAGGACCAUUUUUGUCUCAAAUGGAUUUCUUAAAGGUACAGUAUGUACUGUGUAGAAGAUUUAGUGGCAUCUAGUGGUGAGGU